GCAUGACUGUGCAUGCAGCUCACAUUCACUCUACACUGUAAGAAGUCGAUGGUCGCAGUGAAAGCAUUCCUCGCGGUUGUUACUGCAGCAAUGACUGGGAACUUCUUAUCUGCAUCUGCCGCGUACGUCAACAUGGCGACGGCAUACAGCCCGAUGCACUCACUGGACUACCCACUAGGCAGCGAGGUGCUCGACCAAAGCAAACUGGCAGCAUCGAUCGACACUGAUCUUGCUAUGAUUUCGAAGUACUUCACGCACGCUCGCACCUACUACGCGCAGUAUUACGGCGUGUCUGUGGCUAAAUACGCGGCCAAGAACAACGUGAAGCUGCAUCUGGGCAUAUUCAUGACAAGCGAGUCGUGGCAAUCGGCUGAAAUUGACAACGCAGUAGCCGCCGUGCAGAACUACCCGGGUACAGUUGAAGCAAUUCUCGUGGGCAACGAAAACCUGAUGAAUGGCGUGAAAGCGGCAGAUAUUCUCAGCAUCGUGUCUACGAUUAAAUCGCGCUUGGGUGCUCAAUUGGCAGCUACUGUCAAAUUUGGUACGGUCCAGCGAAUCACCGAGUACUUGAGCUCUGCGUACGCCGACGAGACUGCAAGAUUGGAGGCUAACCUCGACAUCCUGGGCGUGACGAUCUACCCGUUCUUCGACUCAGCGUACAAUUCCAGCGUCCCGACAGCGAUUCUAGACGGAGCUUGGAACUCUAUGGCUCAAAAGUUCCCUUCAAGCAAAAUGGUACUGUCAGAGACCGGGUUUCCCACGGAUGGAUCCCCUUCGACAGUGUCUGGCGUAUCGCCAUCGCUCACCGAAUCGGUUCACUUUUACAAAGCUGUGGCUAACUGGGUGCCUUCAACUGCUGCGAGUGCCUCAUCAGCGUCGCUGAAGUUUUGGUUUUCCUUCUUCGAUCGUCGACCCGAUGAUAACUCGAUGGGCGUGGAGCUGGAGAAACAUUUUGGGUUGUUCACCUACGAUCGCCUCGCCAAAAGUACUGAUCCGGACUACCCGUGUCUGUUGAGUGCUACUGUGACUCCAACGACGGUGCACCGACAAGCUCCCCAACAUCGACACCAACAACCAAGGGCAAUGGUAAACCUAGUUCGGCGCCGACAACAAAGCCCAAGAGUAAACCUGGUCUUCGUUGACUGUAAAGUUUCGAAGCGUCUAAACUUAGAAGACCAACUACAUGUAGUCUCAUCAACGAUGACUGCAUAUUGCAGAAACGACGUAGCCAAGAAGCACCACACGAACAACAUAGAACGCAUCUUGAAGACCUACAGCAACUGCUCAAUAACGUAUUUGCGACUUUAUGGGAAAAGCUCGCAACAUCGCGGCUCAAAGCGGCUAAGUUUUUAUCUUCACGCAACGAUAACAAGAUCUUUGAUAUGAAUUGUCAAGUACCCACCGUCAUACGGAAUUUCAUUACAAAGACGGAACCUCAGAGUCCAAUGGGUGUUACAUAUUUUCACAGAAAGACACAAGACAUCGUCUAGCGUCUUCAUGC